UAUCUCUAUCUAUCUAUCUCUAUCUAUAUUUAUCUAUUAGUUUUCCCUUCUCUCUCUCUCUCUCUCUUUCUAUUGGAGUACGUUGCCGAAGACGAGUGCAAAAGUUUCGGAUUGAAUCCUCGCCUAUUCUUGCGUCAAGGUUUGAUGACGGUAACGGCAUUGUUACAAGACAGAACGGACGCGGAACCUGUUUCCAGGUCACAAUAUGUCCGGCGUGGAUGGUAACAGCACCGAGGGGGAAUCCGCGUGCGGACGCGGCCCUGCCCAGACUGGGCCAGGCUGUUAUCGUAACUAUGAGCAUUACAGUCUGUCGCGACACCGUCGCAGCGCCUCGUCCUGCCUACCGAAUUUACCUAAUGAUUUGCCGACCACACCGGAUAGCCCGAACCGUCGUCUCUUGGACUUUGCUCAGAGCGUGCCGGGAACGCAGAACGACGACUAUUUUAACGACGAUGUACCGGCUCAGCACGUGAACCAAGGCAAUACGACACCUAGCGAUGAAGAGAAAAAAGACAGCAGAAAAUUCGAGAAAAAUGAUGAAAUACCUAGCGAAUUCGAGUGUUGCUUUUGUACUACGAAGGACCACAUGUAUAUAUACUUGUAUAUAUACUGUCUUCCUCUAAUCUACUUAACGAUCGUGCAAAUACCAAAUUCUGGAUCGCAUCAGGAGUACAAAGACUUCAGAGACGCAGAAGAUAUAAUGCCACUGGCAACCAGCGACUUUCGCAAUCCCAUCUGCCAAGAGAUGAGGUCGAUGCGUUCUGGAACUAUGUCGAUCGAGCCGGUCGCUCAUCAGCCGAUCUUCGCCACGGAAACGAAGGUGUCGCCGGCACAACCGGUGGACGCCACUGGCUAUGGGAAAGCGUACAACGAGCAAGGAAGCGUAGACAGCUCCGAUACGUAUGCCAGCUGUCAAACGCAUCCGUCUCAUUCGCAGGUUUCUUCUGCUGGUCAUUCGGCGGAUAACAAUAAGGGUGAUCUGACCGAAGAAGCAGACAGUAAUCUCUACGUGAAUCCUCUGGAAGCUGCGGAGAAGUGCGGGAACAGAGUGAAAAAGUCCGCUUCCGGUGAAGUCGGACGUAAUGUCACUGAUGUAUCACCGAGCGUUGAAUCGUUGAAAGACGUUCGCCCCUUUAACGAGAGUGGCAAAGUUACUCUAAACGACACAGUGCCCAAGCAUAGAAAAAUUCGCAUCCAGCAGAGCGUAAGACCUCGCGCGCAAUUUAUCAGCGACCAAGAAAGCAUUGUGGCACGUAGCAUCACGAAAGAGGAGACCACGGAGAACAAUUACUACGGGGGGCUGCGAGGAGGCAAGCCGUUCACUACGACCAACAGCAGCCUGGCGUCGGCUACGAGAAUUAUAAAUCAUCACUUGUUCGGUUCUGCCAUUGGGCCCAGGCAUUACACAGGUCAUCGAAGGCAAAUUUCAGGAACGAACGCCGAGAGCAAGCUCUCCCUGUCCGCCGACUCGAUAGACAGCGAGGGCGUGCCGUUCAUAGACAGGCACCGGGUCUCCAAGUCGAUACUGAAAAAAUCUGAGAGCGGUAACAAUUACUACAGCAACGCCGGUGAUUCGGACACCGAGAAGCUCAUCACCGAUAACGCGUCCACCGUAAGCAUGUGCGACAAUGAGACCAGCACGUGCGACGUGUUCUCCAACGUGAACGGGACGAGAUUGAAGCGGCCUGUCUCGCCGUUGCUCUCCAGGCAGGUUCUCGAGUCGAUCUUCCGCACGAACAACAACAUCGAGAGGGAGAACGAGGCGGAUCAAAGCGAGGAAAAGAACUGUGCUUCGAAGACGAGCAAAUCGAUAUUCGACGAGGUCCUCGAAGAGGAGAAGCACGCGCAAGACGAGGCAAUGACGGAGAACAAGAACAAGGAGGAGCGAAAGAGAUCGAGGGCGAGGGUGGAGGAGACGUCGAAAGAAAGCCAGGCGAUGUUGAUAUGUUCGUUGCGUGGACACAAGGCGAAGAAAUUGAGCAUGGAGGAAAAACGAAAGGCCAAAACGGGCGGCCACAGCAAAGGGGGCACCGACACGAAUUGUCUUCCUCAAGAGCAUCGUUUCUCGUCGUAGCGUAUUUCCCCUUCGAGUAGCAUCCUCCAUCUGUGUCGCAUAUACGUAGGCUAAGUUAGAUAUACACCGAGAUCGAAUCACUCGGCGAUCGCAUCGCGUCAAUGUCUCGCUAGUAGAAAUGCCAUUAACCACACUGUGCGCAACAAUGUUCGCAGGGCCGUGCGUCCACAUUUCGACGACGAUGUUUCGACCCGGCCUGUCGUGUAAAUAAGUUCCGCGAAAUGCGUGAUAAUUUCUAAGAGAGAGUGAUACACGUUCGAUAAUAUUAAAAUUUUAGAGACCAACACGGGGAAGAUAGUACAUAUUUUCGAGAAAAAGGAAAAAGACAAAAAAAAAAAAAAGGUUCAGAAUUGCAAAGAAUAACGAGAAAAGGAAUAAAAUAGAAUAUCAAAGGCGAAAAGAAAAAUCUAAAUUUAUACUACACAAGAAGUGAAAGGAAAGCAACAAAAAGAAUGAUAAUCAAAAAUUGGGAGGGGAACGGAUGAGAAUGAGAAGUAUAUGAACAAUGAUGAUAAAUUCUAAUGAUAAUAGUAAUAAUAACGUUAAUAGUAAUAACGAUAGCAAAUAAACAGAUCUUUAGGCAAUAUGCUUUUCCUUGUUCGCUGAGAAAAAAAAAAGAAGAAAAAGAAAAACAAGAAUUUAAUAAGAUAUAUUGUAAAUCUAAAUAGAGUCACACGAUCCAGUUAUUUCCUCCCUUCGCCUAAUAAUUAGGGCAGCUUUGCGUGUCGCCGUGAACAGUAAUAUGCAUUCAUAUGGCGUAGCAAUAAGAAACACGCAACCGAUCUGCAAAUAAUCGUAAUCGAGUGAUUCGUCGUUUCCCGGUUAAAGCUCCGCUAAAAGUCUCUCAGUGUUGCUCGAAAUGACACAAGUGUUCGUUCGUCUGCUGAGUAUUUUACGUACAAUUAGAUAAUAAUACGUAUAUCAUAAUAGGGGGCACAAAAAUGUGAUAGAUGCCUCUCGUUCGAAAUCAAAACACGCUGCACUUGGAAAAGCGUGGGAACGUAGAUCGUCAAAAAAAAAAAAAAACUCGAUGAUAACUGCCCAUUUUGAAGUUCCGAUUUUCUUUUCCACGUAAGUCUGUUGUUCUUGUUUAUAUUUUGAGUACUUUGUGAUAAUAUAAUAUGUCUGGCAUAUUAUAUUCAUAUGUAUAUAUAUGUAUAUAUUAGUUAAGAAUACCUGCAGGAUGUUCUAUUAAUUUUGCUGAGUGAUAUCUUCCAAACAAUUAUUCUGGAAUAAUUCAUAAAUAUGAAUUUGUUUUUAAAUUUCAUGAUGUAGCACGUAGUUCUUAAAUUUUAUUUAUAGUGUGUAAUAUAUAAAAUUUUUGUUCCAUGUCAAUUAAUUGUCACUAAUUAUUGAUAGAAAAUGAUGUCAAAUUUUCCUUCUAUGAAUGUCUUAAUUUCUAAUAGUAACGUGUAAUCCAAAAUCGCAAACAGUAAUGCUAUUUUAAGUAAAGAAACUUGUAUCCUAAAUAAUAUUACUCAGCAGCCUCAUUCAAACUGAACUAAAUUAUUUAUUGAUCCGAUAAAAUAAAAGGAAGCUUGUUCUUCAAUGAGUGUAAUCAGAGCCUUAUUAAUAUUAAUUAAUUGUACAUUUUAAAAUGGCAAUUUCACUUAGCUAAAUGAAAUUAAGCUGACAAAACAUUUAAUUCUCAUUUCUACUGGAUAGUGUAGCAAGAUCUUUUCUUUAUUCAAUGUUAGUUUCAAUAACAAUACAAUUAUAAUAAUAUAAUUGAAAAACCAUAUGUAACACAAAGUUACUAGAAUGUCCUGCGGAUACGUUAAACUUCUCGAUUUACCUUUUCGCUUAAACGACACGGAACUUCACUUCCGAAGAGUUUUGUCUACCUGACCACGUUUUCCAUAUAAAACAUAUGUACUUUAUAUAAUGCAAUUAUCGCAGUGGAACCAGAAGCGCUUACGUGCACGACCAUGAGUUCAGGUUCGGUCAUUUAUUCAAGAGUUUGAGAGAAGGAAAAAAAAAGUGUACUUCGCGUAUGUUAUAGAUGUUAAAUAAAAAGAAGAAAAAAAGUAACGAAACGUGUUAACAUGCUCAUGUAGAGAAUAGCCAGAGCGCAAGUAUCGUCUGUGUUAUAUCCAGGUACCGAUGUCUAGCCGCGGUAACGAUUACGGUUUUUCCCCCCCGAAAAACUUUUACACCGUCAUUAUCAAGCGCGGAAUCGUAUUCGAUCGAUUGUCCUCACCAAAAAAAAAAAAAAAAAAAAAAAUGAGAACAAAGACGAUGUAACAUCGUAUAACGCUCAAAAAAAAAAAAAAAAAAAAAUUUGAUCGCCUCUUUUUCGCUCUGAAACGGUGAUCGUUUCUUUUUUCUUCUUCUUUCGAUCGUUUUCCGUUUCGUUUUAAAUCGAGAGAAACGAAACAAGCGAGAAAUCUCCUCCCGUAUUUAAUCGAACAAUCAAGGACGUUCUCUCCGACGUUUUUAGACAAACCGUCAGUGAAAAUACAUAUCUCUAUAAUGGCAUUUCCAUUUCAUUGUUAUCGUAAAUCGUAGGGAAAGAAAAUAAUUGUACAGUUGCGGUUUAAUAAGAUGGUUAAACACUCCCCGUACAGACACUACUAUGGGGAGAGAUCUUUGUUAUGCUUAAUGGUGCGGAGUUCACGCCUCAACUAUUUUUUUAAUACGAUGUAUUUGUAAUUGUUUUCAAAUAUGUGUGACAUAUUGAACGUGCUUGGGACAACCGUUUGAAAACCGAAUGCUAAUCUAGCAUUUUACACAUUUUUUAACGCGAAAUUCUCGUCUUCGUUGACAGAUAGGUCUAAACUGUUUCGAUCGUAAUUUUUAUCUAAGGUAUAACUUUUAUCACACGAUAAUAUGUACACAACCGGUCUACGUUAUAACCGCUGAUGUAACAUUAUCAUUUACGGGAUUGGUCAUCGUAUAUUCGGUGUAUUAGGGAAUUUCUCGUUUCUCUCAGUGAAAGUUAGCAGACUUGUUUCCCCCAGUUUCACCUAUUAUUCAAAGUUGGAUCUCGAUACCUUGUAACCGCUUGGAGUUUCUGGAGUAUAUCGAUGUCUUCUGUGAAUUAACAUAGUCGAGAGUAGAAAGUUCCUAGCGAAAAAGUUGUACAGAACAGUGAUUUAUCAUUUAUCGUUGUAAUUGUAAUUUAGAGAAAUUAGCAUCGACAUAGUACAAAGAAAGGAGGGAGGCCACCACACCGUAGACGUAACGCGGGGAUCGAAACGAGUUGACCAGAGAAGAAUGCAAGAAAGUAGUGUUAAAGAGGCUUGAAUAGUUGCGCAGUUCGUAAAUUUAACGCACGGAAGUGGGAAAAGACAGAUACUCUUUUUUUUUUUUUUGUUUCUCCCUUUAAAUUUCAAUUUCACAGUUUUUCGGGGUUGGUACUUCACGUUGAGCUUAAUUUAAAUGGAACAAGUCUGACGACCGAGGCGUAACGCUCUCGCAACUGAUACAAGAACGUUGUACGACAAUGCAAAAUAACUUUUUAUCCACUUUUUUAUCGAAUAAUCGACAAAUCGUAGAUUCGACUAAUAUACAUUUUACGAGCGUAUAAUACAGAAAUUUGGAACCGAUUUCCUGAAUUAACAACAGUAUCUCGUCUACGCCUCAAGAUAAGUCGAUCAAUGAAACAACUAAGAACACUACAGCACACAUACAUACACACAUACACACAGUCAAUUCUCAAUUACGCAAUUACGCAGUUAUAUAAAAGGUUCUUUGUUAUUAUAAUAUCGACCUGAUGUCGACGAGCUGAGUUACCAGAAUCAGUCGAUCGGUCGUGUAUAUUCUUUUAUUUUCGAAUCUCUAAGGCCUAGCGUCGUAACCGUAAGGCGAGUAGUAUGUAACAAAGUGAAUAAAGUUGUAAUUUACCAGUUUUUGUUCCUUAA